AUGCAACAGGAUGAUUAUGUGUGUAAGUAUCCCAACACUCUUCCUGGUGAGAAUUACGCAGUAAUGGGCGGCCUACUUGGUGGUCUCGCAUGUACUGCUCUUUACAUACUUCUCAUGCGAACGGCAGAUAUGUGUUAUCGUAGGCAAUACACACAUCAUGCAGAGAGACCAUCAGUGGGGGAUGAUUGGGAAAUACACCACCGUCCUACUGCAAUGACUGGUAUGUAUACAUCAUCAUCAACACUCCCAGCCUCACCGCGGCAUGUACGAUUUGAUGCAAACUUCGUAGAGCGAGUGGAAAACCCCUCAUCAGCUGUAGAAGAAGAACAACAACAACAAUCACAACAAGAACGAGGUGGGAGUGUUAAUAGUCAUAAUAGUGGUGGUGGUGGGGGACAACAUUCACUGUAUUCUCGAGGGAUGACGUAUGAGGAUGUUAGUUCUCCUCCUCCAUCACUACCGCCUAAGAGAUAG